AAAUGCAGAUACACUUCCUCUUCUUCCGUAUUACGGAGUAUCACACUAGCGUCUUCUUUGGCGUUUGGAAAUUAGGGCAGCCAUCUACUGUUCAACCAGCGUCUUCUUCCGCGUAUUACAAUAGCGUCUUCUUCAACCAGCAUCGUCCUUGAACACCAGAUUUCGCACUGAAUUUGUGUAAAUAUAGCUACGCUUUCUACUCUUCCGAAUUAGAGUAGUGUUUGUGAAAAACAAUACUUCAUUUAAACCUUUUACAGUUCAUGAAUAGGGAGCGCAGGGUUCAAUUUUGCUCACCUUAAACCUCAGGAAAGAAAUUCUGAAUACCAUGGUAAGGGUGAAGAAAAUUGCUACCAAGAAGCAAGGUGCCGGAUCAUCUGAUUUGACGAUGCUAGUGCCGCCGAAGAAGGGUAAGCGGACGAAAAAUUCCAAAUCUGGUUCUGCUCCUUCAGCACGGCAGCCUCAUCGCUUUAAGCCCGGAACUGUUGCUCUCCGGGAGAUCCGGAAGGCCCAGAAAUCAUGCAAUCUUCUUAUUCCUAAAGCCCCAUUUGUCAGGCUUACUAAGGAGUUAAGCAUCUUUUAUUCACCGGAUGUGAAACGCUGGCAAGCAGAUGCUCUUCAUGCACUUCAGGAGGCGGCUGAGUUGUAUUUGGUGGAACUCUUAGGACAUGCGCAGCUGUGUGCUAUUCACGCUAAGCGCGUCACACUUAGGAAGACUGACUUUCAACUUGCCAGGCGCUUGACAGGGAAAGGUCAACCUUGGUGAUAGAUUUUCUGUAUAGAUUUGUCUGGACAUGUUUUGGUUACCAGUUCCAGAUUGUUGAAUAUAGGUCUUGGUUUGAUUUUUCAAACAUUUAAACUUACAUCACAUAUACUUUCUUUGUAAUAUUUGUGCUGAAUAUGCUUUCAAUUUUGCAAUUGUUACAAGUUUUUGUUGCUAUAUUUUAUUUUUAUUUUUCCAUUCAUUUGAAAUUUAAUUUAAGUGCUCAUAUAGUUUGCC